UAAUAAGAUCCACUUCGAUACAUCGCGCGGCGGCGGCGGCAUUCUCUAACGGAUCCGCGCCAGGAUUUACGAAAAUGAGUGUCAGUAUCGCGACGACGAUACUCCUCAUUUUUGCCAUUGUACCUGCCUAUGAUAACGCGAAUCUGGGAUUCACGGAAUUUACUACCGAUGGGGACCAACGUGCAAUUCUGACGAAGAGCAAUGCCGACGUUCACGUGCCGAGCCGUCUCGCCAAUGGUAUGUCCGCGGAAGACGAGGUCUCGCCGCUGGAAGACGGCAAGGAGGAGUUGAACUGCACUCCGCACUCACUCAACGACUUCCCAAAGGACCUGUUUACCGGCGAGCAGCGAAAACAGGGCGCGGCGGUGCUGCACGCCUUUUUCGCCUUGUACUGUUUCCUGAUGACCGCGUUUGUUUGCAACGAUUACCUGCUGCCGUCGCUCGACUGCAUUUGCACGCACAUGAAGAUCAGCAGCGACGUGGCGGGUGCGACCUUCCUCGCCGCGGCGAGCAGCUUCCCCGAGCUCUUCGUCAACGUGAUCGGCACCUUCCUGACCGAGUCCGAUCUCGGGGUCGGCACCGUAAUGGGCAGCGCGGUCUUCGACACCUUCGCCACUCCGGCGUGCGGUGCGUUAUCGGCCUUUCAUGCGAUACAAUUAGAGUGGCGGAUAUUAACUCGAGAUUGUAUAUUUAACGUGAUAUCAGUGGGCACUUUGGUGGUCAUUAUGUGGGACGGCUGGAUCGAUUUGUACGAGGCGAUCGUCCUCGUAAUAUUGCUGAUCGCUUAUUUGACGAUAUUGUUUUGCGGCAAAUACUUUGUGCGCUGGUACAAUAAGUUCGUACACCUGUUCGCCGGCAGCACCGGCGGUACCGCCUUUUCCGGAGAAAAAUCUCCGAAGAACACAGAAGAGCCCAUGAUCGACGGUCUCUAUAGACCGUAUUUUCAUGGCGAGCUCGUAGCGGAAUACAGAAGGAAAAGCGUUACGAGCAACGGAGCUCGGAAGCCUUCCGCUGAUCGCGGCGCGGAGGCGCAAAGUCACGUGGAAACGGCGGAGGAGUACGUCGAACCAGAUACGCCCUUUGUGUGGCCGAGCGGCGGUACACUAGCCAAAAUCUGGUUUUCGUUUGUAUGGCCUUUAAAACUAAUCUUGUUCGUUACCGUACCGGACAGCAGGUACAAACGAUGGAAGAACUGGUACGUGGUAACGUUUAUCAUGUGCGUCUUAUGGAUCGCGGUCACCUCCUACCUGGUAUCGUGGAUGAUGACCGUUCUCGGCGACACCAUAGGAAUCUCGGACUCCAUAAUGGGUCUCACGUUUCUGGCCGCCGGCGGCAAUAUGCCAGAACUCAUUUCGAUCGUGAUACUUUCCAGGCAAGGUAACGGAAACAUGGCUAUGAGCAACACGUUAGGUGCGAACACACUCGACAUUUUAAUGUGCCUUGGUGUGCCAUGGUCCAUAAAGACUAUCAUGACAGGGAAAAGCAUUCACAUCGUCUCAGGCGCACUUUCGUACAGUGUGCUCUCCAUUAUUGUGUGCGUGAUUAUUUUCUACGCAGUGCUCGCAUUGUGCAAGUAUCAAUUAAAUAAGAAAGUGGGCGUAAUUUGUCUGAUAUUGUACACGAUAUUCCUCGUCUUCGCUAUAUUAGUCGAACUCAACGUUUUCUUCCGCGCGAACUUACCCAUGUGCUAAUUUCUGUUGCCGCGCUAUUCAACGGUGAAGUAUUCUCUCGUCGCUCCUUGCUUCCCUUUUUAACUGCCAGUCGAUCUUUCUCGAGGCGAGGAAACCAAUACGUCGAAUCGACAUCGCUUCCAAUGGCCUCUCCUAGCGCGUUCAAAAUAAGAGGAAAUUGUUUUGCGAUCGUGAGACUGAAAAUUCUAAAUCGAGGCACGAACAAAGCUCGUCGAUCGGCACGAAGUUGUCGCGAAAUUGCUAUGCGUUUUGAUCAUCUCACAUUCAUAUUGUUAUAUUCUAUGUAAACUUUCGAUCAUGCAUGCAUGGAGGCAAGUAAUUUGCUAGCGCAGCAAAAUUUAUGCUGACACAGCAAAAUAUAUGCGGUAGCAAGGAUGAUUUCGCUACAACAGGAAAAUUAUUUUUUUUCCGUAUACACACUGAUACACUCGCGAGUAACGAUCGGAAGCGCUAUCACAGAAUAAGUGUAAUUCUCAUUAAAGACUAUUUAUUGUUUUAGAGAAAAAAUAUUUUUAUUAUAUCUUCCAUCUUGCGUUUCUCUUUGAGCUCUGUGCAGAAAAUUGUACCAUACAAAAAAAUUAAGGCGCUCGGCCUCAUAAAUCGGAAGCUGUUAUCAGUUAUCACGUAAUUAAGAAGCGUUCCUAUUAAGUACAUUCGAGGCUUAAUGGGAUAUUCCAGUGCGAAAUCGUUUGGUUGGAGGAUUAAUCUUUUUGCUUUUUUGGCUCAAAAGAUUCAAUACUCUAGAAGCGAAUUUAUAGCUCUUUUAUUAUAAAAAUUAUUAUAUAAUUUAUACACUAGAUGUUAUAAUGCCGUAAAUCGUGAAGACGCAAAAGUGUUCUUGAAGUGUCUAUUAUUGGGAUGGGCGAACCAAUCGCGACCUACCGAUCAUCCGCACCUUCCUUCGUGCAACAUUCAAUCGCGUUCGUCGAAAAAAGCGUAUAAUAUAUAUAUAUAUAUAUAUUUAUAUAUAUAUUAGAUAUUUAGUUUAAUUCGCAUAUAUAGUACUAUUAUAAAGAAACGCGUGACUCUUUUGUGGCGAAGUACGUAGUCUCGAAGGGGAGAGGCGUGCCGCUGCCGGAAACAUUGCAAACGAAAUGUAGAUCUCGAUAUCGUAUAAAGAUUGCCCAUCCCAAAAAUUCUUAAAGUACUAUAGUAUAAAUCGGCCUCGACCGGCCACCUUUAUAUUUACAAGCGGACGGCAUGACAUUUUUCAUUUGAUGUCGAUUCCCUCCCGCGUUUUGCGAGCACGAAGCGAUCGAUUUACACCGAACUGUGCGAACCAGUGAUUCUUGUCAGUUUUUUAAAUAUUCACACACGAAAGAUAUAAAGAGAGAGAGAGAGAGAGAGAGAGUUCGCCUUAAAGUUCAGCUACAUUUUUAAAUAUUCGUUUCCACCCAUUACGUGUUUGUUUCUUUUCUCUUUUUUUUUUAACAUGCGUACGUUACGCUUUGCGGUAACAAUUAUACGCGCAUCGAUUUUUUCGUUUUGUUCGAUUCGGUGUUCUUGUAGAGAAAGAAAGAAGGAGAGAGGGAGAAAGAGAGAGAGAGAGAGAUUACUGUGGUCGUGUGUUAAGUCGUAAAUAGCGAUACAACGAUAUAAUCGUCGCGACGAUGGCCUUCCUUAUGGUCAUUGAGGAUAUAUUCAGCGAUAAUAAUGAGAUGUCCAUCGCAACAUUGGUCCCCUUAGUCAUUCAGGAUGUCGCCAGUGACCGUACGGAUAUCCCCCAAUGAUCAUUGGGAUAUUACUCUUCAGCAUCGAGAGAGAGAAAGAGAGAGAGGAUGCCUUUAAGUUCGACGGGCGGACGCUUGCCCGCGGCCAUCGCCCGAAUCUGGCUCGUGCUCCUAAAACGCGGAAAUGAUCGGGCAAGAUAGAAUAUAUCAUGACGACUUCGUUUUUUGCUCGGUACUCGAUUAGAAGGACUUUGCGUGUCGGAAAUAUUUUUUUCUUUUUUCUCUCUUUUUUUUAUUCUCGUCGACUCGGAUAUUGCUUUUCUAUGGCGCUGUUUUACGUUGCCGUACUUCCUUCCUAUCACAUUAAGGAUUAAGGUUGCCUAUGCGGCGGCGGCGGUCAACGAGA